AUGUGCCGUCUUGCCGUUCUUGCUCUUCUCGCCGUUGCCGCUGUCUCUGUCUACGGACAGCCAGCCGGAGGACAAGAUAUUCCACCAUUCCUUCGCAAUGCCACUCCAGCUCAACUCCAGAGCUUCCAACAACUCAUCCAAGCCAACGGACACUUGACCGAGACUGCACUCGACGCCAAGGUCCAAGCCUGGGUUUCCCAACAAGGAGGAAAGGUCGCCGCCGAUUGGGCUGACUUCCAGAAGUUCAUCAAGGGACAACAAGGACAAGCCGAGGCUGCCCAUCAAGCCGCUAUUGCCAACUUCUCCCCAGCUGCCAAGAAGGCCGAUACCGACCUCACCGCCAUCUCCAACGACUCUUCCCUCUCCGUUCAAGCCAAGGGACAAAAGAUCCAAGCCUACUUGAAUGCCCUCCCAGCCAACGUUAAGGCCGAGCUCGAGAAGGCCCAAGGACAAUAA